GAAAACACUGUCAUAUGAUUUGCCCUUUAAAAUCCAUUGACACUAAGUUUAGAGUAUAAUAUAAUAGGUUUACUGUCCUCAAGUUGAUUGGCUUUGAGUUUUUGUGGUAUAUUAUUGAUUAUAAAUUUUGAUUUAAUCCAAUGGACAAAACGAAAGACGACGAGUUGGAAGUGUUUGUUGAGUCAAUAGAUAAUGAAAUGACGUCAAAGGAGAAGCAAUUGAUGGAAGAGUUGAUGAUAAUACAAGAUUGUCAACAAAUGGUCAAAUGUUUUAGACAAACAUUUGUGGAUUGUAUUGUCGAUAGUAAGUUGAAUGAUAUGGAGUCAAGUUUCGAGAAGAAAAAUAAACAAUUGAAUGAAGUUAUGGCUAAUAAUGAAGAGCUCAAGAGUAAGUUUCAGUUGUUGACAACAACUACCGAUCAGAUAAAUCAAAUGAUUGAUACGAUGGACGCGGAGUUACAAGGAUUCAGAGAUAACAACAUUGAUAUCAAUGUUUAUCAACAGCUUAUUGAAGAUCAUCAAAGAGAGACGGAUGAGUUGAAUGACAAAUUGACAUAUUUUAGCCAUGAAUUGGACUCAAUGACCAAAAUGUUUGAAGUGACAACUCAUGAGAUGGAAGAGAUUAAGGAAGACAAUAAACAAUUGGUGGCAAAAAUUACAAAACAAAACACUAAACUACAAGAAUCUAAUAUAAGAAGACAUUUAAUGGUGAAAUUGAUAAGAGAUUUGGAAAAAGAAAUGAAAAGAUAUUCGGUUUUUAAUGAAACAAAACUUCAAGAAUUGAAUACAAAUUUGAAAGAAAAGGUCAAAACAUUAAUAGCAGUUAUCACUGAAAAUCAAGAAUUAAAUACUAAAGUAAUGGAAUUGAAUGCAACUAAUGAACAAAUGAAAGACAUGAAUGAUUUGUUGAACAAAGAAUUAAAUGAAGAAAAAGAAAAGUUGAUUAACACAGACAAAGAAUGUGAACAACUAAAAGACAAUCUCCAGAAAGUAAAUGAUAACUUGAUCGGCGCUAAAGACACCAUUGCGUCUAUGAAUGAGAAGAUCCACAUAUUAACCAAUGAAGUUGAAUCGGUUAAUGAUAAAUAUAAUUUGAAAUGUAAUGAAACGGAUCAGAUUAAGACUUUUAACGAACAAUUGUUGGAUAAAUUAACUGAACAGGAAAUACAAUUUCAUAAUGAAACGGAUCAGUUAAAGAUACAGAACAACCAAUUGAUGGAUCAAAUUGGUCAACAAGAAGUUAAAUGGCGAAAAGUAACUGAACAGCUUAUGGCUGAUAACAAUCAAUUGAUGGAUCAAAUUGCUAAAGAAAAAGUUAAAUUGCGAAAAAAAAACUAA